AUGUCGACAUCCUCAAACGGUCGCAUCGCCACCAACCCUUCCACGUCCAUCGACUGGGAGAAGCUCGGCUUCAAGGAGCGCGACGUCAACGGUCUGGUCCGUGUCACCUACAAGAAUGGCCAAUGGGGCGCACUCGAGGUCUCCAAGGACAGCCAUCUGAACGUGCAUGCGGCUGCGCCAUGUCUCAACUAUGGACAGCAAGCUUUCGAAGGCAUCAAGGCAUUCCGCACGGCGAGCGGCUCGGUGCGCGUGUUCCGACCGCAGGAGAACUGGGCGCGUAUGAACCUGAGCGCUCGAAUGGCAUCCAUGCCUGAAUUGCCCGAGGAGCUCUUCUUGCAAGCCAUCAAGGUGGCUGUUGCGCUCAACCUCGAAUACGUUCCACCUUACAAGAAGAAUGCGUCGGGCGGUGCUCUCUACAUCCGACCUCUCUUGCUGGCGACCGGACCGAUGCUCAUGUUGGGUAGCCCAGACGAGUUCACUUUCCUGGUGUGGGUGACGCCGGUUGGCUCGCUGUACGGAAGCGGCGCCGACAUUCCCGCGGUAGACGGAUUUGUGCUCGACACUUUUGACCGCACCGCACCCAUGGGUACCGGUCACACUAAGCUUGGCGGCAACUACGCACCCGUCUUUGCACCCACUGCAGCAGCCAAGAAGCAAGGAUACCCCAUCACGCUUCACCUGGAUUCUGCAUCGCACACGUACGUGGACGAGUUCUCGACGUCGAAUGCACUCGCUGUGCAGAAGGAUGGCGAGCAGGUGACGUUGGUCGUUCCUGACAGCACCUCAAUUCUGCGUUCGGUCACCAAGAUCAGCGUUGUCGACAUUGCCGACAAGCUGUGCGGCUGGAAGGUGGAUCUGCGCCAGGUAGCAUUCGACGAGCUCAAGCAGAACAAGUUCGUCGAGUUCAUGGCCGCCGGCACCGCAGCCGGUAUCACACCCGUACGAUCCAUGUCGUACAACUCGCACAAGCCGCAGCUGGUGCACGACAAGCUGUCUCGCGAUGGACCCAAAUACACCUUCCCGUCGGACAAUGAGGUGAAGCGCAUCGACUUUGGCGAUGGCCAGACGGCGGGCGAAUGCGCGCGAAGACUGUUCGACGAGCUGACAUCGUACCAGUGCGGUGACCAGCCCGACAAGUUUGGAUGGCUGUGGCCUGAGGAGGGGAUCGUUGCCGAGGAUGCCAACUUGUCUGCUUAG